CUCGCAUGUCGCAGGCGCGGCACAGGCACAGACGGCACAGAAGCUAUGUGCUCGGGUUGUGAGUGUCGGCACAAAGUCAGGAGAGUUUCAUAUAAAAAGAAAUCCAGGGCAAGGAAGACCAUACCUGUAGGAACCUCCGCUGAUUCCAGAACGGCAUGGGACUCAGGACACUCCUGCUGAGGCUCAGCAACAGGAUGAUACUGUAUGUAUCACCACUUUGGAGGGUGUUCCAGUCUGGACAAUUCCAACGUCAAGGUCUGCCGAUUCUUCGGGUCAGGGAGAGUCAAUUUUAAUAUCAAAAGGGGUUGUCGAGUUUCUUUUACGGUACUUGAGUACAGCCUUGGAGUCACAUCCAGAGCUGUUUGUUCAUCUUCUGCAAAUUUUUCAAGCAAUGCGGGGCAGUUGUGUGUUUUCCUCCACAGCAGACACUUCAUUCUCAUCUGCAAGCACUCAGCCUUCAUCUUUGCAGAUGCCACAGAUGCUGUGGAUGUUGGUGAGUUCCGCUGCACCAAAGCAUCAGUCACAACAGAUGACUCCACUCUACAGGCAAGUACCCACAAAACUUCUAGUUUUAGUGAGCGCAAAGUUAGGCUGGCAGGACAUUCAAGCAGAAUUGGAAAAGGAGAAAGGUUUAUUGCAGGGCUUGGGAAACAUCAUGAUGCCAGUGAACUAUGACGCUCAGGGCCAAAACCCAAGGUGGGAACGCCUGGAUCGUGGCGCGAUCAAAGACCUAGCCAAGGCCAUCCGAGACAAUGGGCUGUCAUCACCGUACUUCAAACAAAUGUUGAAGAGCAUUUUUGGUAUGUACGAUUUAACACCCUAUGAUCUUAAAUAUCUCGCAACAUCAGUUCUUACAGACACCCAAGCUCUCGUGUGGCAGAAGGCAUGGAGGAGAUCCCUGGAGGAGCUGAGAGCCAGAUACCAGGGCGGACCAAAUGUGAACCUCACCAUGGUGCAGCUUGCUGGUGAUCCUCCCGAAGACGACCCAACUCAACAAGCAGUGAGGCUUCCACGGAACGUGCUCAGCAACAUGAAGGAGGCCGCACGGAGAGCAAUCCUACAGAUUGCUCCAGAGGGAGUCCAGGACAACAUCUACACGGAGAUCAAGCAGGGUCCUUUGGAGCCAUUCUCCUCAUUCGUGGAUCGUCUUUCCCAAGCAGUGGAACGACAAGUGAUCAAUGAGGGGGCGAAACCACAUUUGAUCAAAAGCCUCGCUUUUUCCAAUGACAACACAGAAUGCAGGCAAAUCAUCAGCAUGAUGCCACACCAGACCAUCUUGGCAGACAUGAUAGAGGCGUGCAACAAGGUGGGGACCCCACAGCAUGUUGCAUCCAUCAUGAAAGAGCAGUUGGGAGAGCGGAUUGAGAAGCGUGUUACGGAAGCUCUUGCAAAUUACACAAAGAGCAACAGCAGCGCAGAAAGGUGA